ACUUUCUUGGAACCUCAAACAUGACCAUAUCAAUACCAUCUACUCAGGCUCUACACACCGCAUCUGCACACCACUGCUUUCGCACCGACAUUCAAACAUGGCAUCUCUCUCAAACACGCAAGAGGGUUCAUCCAGGACUCCUAGCGUUGCAGAGGCCUUUUUCCGUCAUUCUAGUGGUGCCCGCGUUAACACCGAUGCAGUCAUUGCCGACUCCAUCCAGAACGCAUAUCCCGGUGUGCCCAUCACCAUAGUUCCAGAAUACAAUGCCAACCUCCAAGGCUACAGCGCUGCAGGCUUUGCAUCGACACAAGCUAAUGAGCCUAACUCCAAAGCUAGAACCUGGCCCGAUAGCCUCAAAUGGACCAUUUUCAUGCCGCCAUUUCGUCGCCUGGAUGGAGGUAGCGGGUCGCUCGGCGAGCUCGAACUGUUCCAGAGCUUCAUAUAUAAAUGGAACAACUUUGAAUUCCUCGUCUAUCUCGUCGAUGGCCGCGAUGGUGCCGGUUCUUUCCCGACCAUCCGUAACCAAUACAUUCUUGGCGACACAGCUGCCGUUCGCUCCUUGGUCAGAACAGUUGGCCAGUGGCAGUCCCAGCUGCACGAAGAGAUCUGGGUCUUCAACAGUGGGUACUGGGCCAAAGAUCCUAAUCUAUAUCAGUCCAUCCUCCGAUCUCGCUGGGACGACGUCAUACUAGAGGAGUCGUUUAAGCAUGAUCUGCUCGACACCGUCGAACGUUUUUUUGGAUCCGAGGAACAGUACCAACGACUACGAGUUCCCUGGAAACGCGGCAUCAUCUUCUACGGCCCUCCCGGUAAUGGCAAGACCAUCUCUAUCAAAGCGACCAUGCAUAGCCUUUACCAACGAACUCCACCCGUUCCUACUCUCUACGUUAAAUCUCUCGUUAGUUUUGCCCCACCCGAAUAUAGCAUCGAGGCCAUAUUUGCCAAAGCUCGCCAGGAAGCCCCAUGCUACUUGGUAUUUGAAGACCUCGACAGCCUCGUCACCGAUGAAGUUCGCUCUUUCUUUCUUAACGCCGUGGACGGCAUUUCCGAUAACCAGGGUAUCCUCAUGGUCGGAUCUACCAAUCACCUUGAACGCCUUGACCCUGGCAUCGCAAAACGGCCGAGUCGGUUUGAUCGCAAGUACCUUUUUUCCAAUCCAAACCUUGACCAACGCAUUCAGUAUAAUCGGUUCUGGCAGAAGAAGCUCAAGAGCAACAAGGACCUCGAGUUCCCAGAAGAGAUUGUCCAAGCCGCAGCCAAAAUCACGCAUGGAUUUUCGUUUGCAUACAUCCAGGAGGCGUUUGUGAGCGCCCUGCUGGACAUUGCCCGUGAUCAGGACAACGAGAACGACAUCUCUCUCAAGCUGAGUCAGGAUUGGCAGAUGUUGGAUCUUGCAGAUGAGCCCGUGGACUCAGCCAUGGACUUGAACGAUUAUAUUCUGUGGCGCAAACUCAAGUUAAAUAUUGAUAACCUUCGGAAGCAGCUCGAAGAUGGGGGAGAUCAAGAUUGAGCGGAGGGCCGUCGCAUGGUCUAGAAUUCUGGAAAGAAGAUACUGAUCCCGUUUAGCGCUCCGUGGCGGGAAAAGGGACACCAGUAACCCCAGUGGAGCUUGGGUGUAAAGCAAUAUACAAAUUGAACUGAUGCCUUCUGGUGUGGGUUGAUUACCCCAAUGACUGAGAGUCAAAAAGCUUGUGUGGGCUGAUAAGGCUUUUAAUUCUGUUUAUCAUAUUCAAUCAUGGCCCUGCUUGUUU